UUGAAGAGGGCCUCACCCUCAAGGCCCCAGAUCGGCGCCGAAAACGUCUUCGACCUGUCCCUUGGCAACCCCGUUAUCGAACCCCCGGCCGAGUUCAAAAACGAACUGCGGCGUCUCGCCGAACAGCCAAUGGCCGGGAUGCACCGCUACAUGCCCAACCCCGGUUACAUGGAGACGCGCCAGGCGGUCGCCGAUACCCUGGCAGAAGAGACAGGCCUCCCCUUCACCGGGAACGAGAUCAUCAUGACCUGCGGCGCCGCAGCUGCCGCCAAUGUAGUGCUCAAGACCAUUCUUAACCCUGGCGACGAGGUAAUCAUCCUCGCCCCCUACUUCUUCGAGUAUCUCUACUACAUAGACAAUCACGACGGCGUUGCCGUGGUCGUCAACACCACAGAUCAGUUCCGCCUCGACAUACCCGCCAUCGAACAGGCGAUCACUCCCCGCACCCGCGCCAUCAUCGUCAACUCGCCCAACAACCCUUCCGGCGUGGUCUAUUCGGCGGAAGAAAUCUCGGGCCUUGCACAACUGCUGGACCAAAAGCAGUCGGAACACGGUACAGAGAUUUUCCUGAUAAGCGACGAGCCCUAUAAGCGCAUCAUCUUCGACGGCAUGACCUUCCCACAGCUUCUGCCUGCCUACGACAACUCCGUAAUUGUAACUUCCCACGCCAAGGACCUCGCCCUCCCUGGCGAGCGAAUCGGCUUCGUCGCAAUCAACCCCAACCACCAGGAUAAGGAAGAGCUGGCCGGCGGGUUCAGCUUCUGCAAUCGUACCCUGGGCUUUGUAAACGCCCCCGCGCUGAUGCAACACGUCGUGCGCGGCCUGCAGGGGGUGAGCAUCGACCCGGACUACUACCAGAAGAAGCGCGACUUUAUGUACACCGCCCUGAGGAAAAUGGGCUACGACACAGUGAAGCCGGAGGGAGCUUUCUACCUCUAUCCCAAGGCGCCCACGGAGGACGACGUGGUCUUUGCCCGGGACCUUCUGCAGUGGAACGUGCUGGUUGUGCCGGGCCGUGGCUUCGGAACACCCGGCUAUUUCCGCAUUUCGUACUGCGUUGAAGACUGGGUGCUGGAGGGAGCCGUCGAAGGUUUGGCCAAGGCUGUAGCCGGAUAA